GGAUUAUCCAAUGAGAGUAAAGAAGGUUCGUAGUUUGAACCGGAGCGGUGCUUCAGUGGGAAUGAUUUCUUGAACAUUUGGAUUGACUGUUAACGUCUAGUUAGCGUUAUUGGGUCCUGAAUUUAACAAGCUCGAGUAAACAACGUAAAAUAUUCUCACAGACAUAAAUAUUCAUCAAGUCGUUCUUGCUGAGAAAGACUGUUGGCACAGAGAGUCUGAGAAGACCCCUGAAAAAAUGUGUCAAGAAAUCUGAGGUUUCACCCUCUCUCAACAAACAACACCCUAUUUUCUUCGUGUGAAUGCAAAAGAAAAAAUGUCCAGCCUGGGUAAUGAGACAACAGUGCAGACUUCAUGUAUUCAGGAAAAUUCAGACACUGAUGAAUGUCGUGAAAAUAUUCCACCAGGAGUUGCUGCUCCAGGUGAGACAUCAGAGGUCAAGGUCGAAAUAGGAGAUGUGGCAGGAUAUUCCUGUACACCGCCAAAGGGAGAAAAUAAGCCUCUCUUUGAUGACACCUACACUCUUUAAACCACCUCUCUGAGAAACAGCCACGGUGGAGUCAAGGCAAAAUUACAGCUCUCUGGACUGCAGUCUACACUAACACCAAUUUUAAAACACUUAAAUCUUGGCAGUACAUUUACCUCUCCAGAGCCUUUAAAACAUGGAAACAAUUCUCAUCUCAGAGCUCCUGUCUUUCCUUUUAAUUUCACCACAGCUAAUUCUCAAAAAUCAGCUGUAGGUUCUAGCCAACAUCACAACUCUGAUUUCUUCAGGAGUUGUUUUGGACAGCCACUAGAUGACAAGGAUGCCUCUGUGAGCUGGUUAAAGGAUGAAUGCAUUCCAGAAAUUACGCUCCUUGACUGUACAUAUGAUUCCAUAAUGCAUCUCACUAGAAAUGAUUCAUCUCUUCCUGACGUUGUGCCUGCAACACCUACAACAGCUAGGUCUAUGAAUAGCACAUUUACCACUCUCCAACCCUCCCAAUUGAGUUCCUGCACUGACUUAAACACUAGUGCUCCAAAAUCCUGCCCUCAGAACAAGACACCAGAUCCUCUGCAGUCUAGUGUUAGUAGUGCUAAAGCAGAGAGUGGGGCUACAGAUCAGGUUAGUUCAGUCUCUAGGAGCACCACUGAAGCUUCUCUUGUUAUGAAUAUGAAUAGUUCAACUGAUAAGACAAGUGGCUCAAGUGAUGUGCAAGCCAUUCCUUUUGAUGGUCAUUCUCUUCAGACAACUGAUGGUAGUACUGUUUUAGGGGAAACUGGUGCUACAACCUCAUAUCUCAAAAACAGCAUGUUGAAUGCUAAACAGAGUGGUGCAGUGUGUGUGUCACAAAGGAGCUCAAGUGAGAGGCACCAGAAUACUGUGGGCGAGCCCUCUCCUUUUGAGGUGUGUCAUGCAAUCUCAAGUACUCAAGAAAAUUCUGAAGUCCACCCUCCUGAACUGCCAAAACACAACAGGACGGCAGCCAGGUCAAAUGCUAAUGCCAAGACGGCGGACACCACGAGGCGCACUGCAUGGUGGUUCGAUGACAGACUGUUCCCAGAAAUUACACUCCUUGAUGUUACACGUGAUUCAGAAUUUUCACCAGGAGAACAAACGUCCCCUAUGGAGGGCACACAGGAUUUUCCACCAUCUGAUAGUUUGAAAAAGAUCAUCCAAUACUUAGAGAUCAAUGGAAAAAUUGUGAAAGAGCCUCCGAGAUCAGACAUAAUUCAAGGUGAAGAACUGUCAAGUGCUCUUACUGGCAGCACCACCUGCACUCUAGACACCUUUGAUGAGCAAUCUGUUAAGAGUGUGAGGGAAAAUGUAAUGAAAGCUUAUUUAGAAGUAACUCGGGAUAUGUCUGAGAGCAGUGUUUUGGAAAACUGUAGGACUUCAUCGGAGCCAAGUGGACAAAACGUGGUCAAGAUUAAAACGUCAGCUGAGGACACACUUCCAACCCAUCCUGUUAAUGUUACCCAUGACAUGAGCACCUCUAGUGACAUGUCUGCUCAGAGUGCUGCAUCACAGUUCUCUGCAUCUGGUAGUUCAAAUAAUGUCACCUCUGAGCUUCACGGUGAACCUAUGGAGAGCUGUAAUACUGUGGAACCUAAAAAUGAAGAGUUUUUCAGCCAUGACAACAACAAGGCGCCACAACCAAGCCCAAAAGCAGCUGGGUCUGCCAACAGCACAUUUACUGUUGUUCAUCUUACCAAUCUGAGUGGCCCCACCAUUUUAAACACUACAUCUCAAACACCCUGCUCUCAGAAAAAGACACUGGAUGCUUCCCAAUCUAAUGUAAACAGUGCCAAAGUGAAGAGUGACUCUAAUGAGCAGGCUAGUUCAGUCUCUAAUAACACCACUGAAACUUGCCUCAUUAUGAAUCAAAAUUGCUCAGCUGUAAAGGCAAGUAGCUCAUAUCUGGUCCAAAAUGUAUGUUUUGAUAGGCAUUCCUCUCAAAAAUCCAGUGGCAGUACUAGUUUAGGAAAUACCAGUUCCACAACCCCAUGCCACCAGAACACCACCUUUGAUUGCAAGUCUCCCUCUAAACAGAAUGGAACAAUAACUUUGUCAGAAAGGAGCUUGAAUGAGAGUCACCAGAAAACCUUGGGCAUGACCUCUCCUUCUAAAGUCUGUAAUUUAACCCAUAACCCUAAAGGCAGCCCCCCUGAACUGUCAAAACAUAACGAGACAACAGGUAGUACAGAUGCUAAUGACAAGGUGGCUGACACCCAGGAAAGCACAUAUGAAGCUAAACCACCUACAGAGGUAGCUUCUGUUGAGUGUCAGGAGUCUCAGGAUCAUUCACUAUCGGGUCUUUCUGACACUUUGGAACAUGAGAGCGUGGAGAUGGGGAACAACAAAGCAAACACAUUCAAUUUGGAUGACACCCUAGACUUGAGGACAGACAGUUUGACUGCUUCAACUCCAAUGAUUAACUGUAAAGUGUUAAACUUUGGCAGUGAAGGAAAUGUGGGCAAAGCCAUAGGGGUUCAGAAAAAACUCUAUGGGGAUGUCCUCAAUAAUCCACGCAGUCAAGUGCCAUCAAACGUUCCACCAAAUGUCAUUGGUGACCCAAAAAUACAAUUCACUUCUAAAUCCCUUUUGCCUACUUCAAAAUCUGCAUCCCAGCUGUUGAAAUACAAACCAGCCUCCACACUUCCAGGCCUGCCCAUGACAAGACAAAGAACCCAAGCUGAAGCUUUGGGAAGCACUGCUGCUUCUGGUGCAGCCCCAAAGGCUACAGGGACAUCAAGCUGCUACAACCUACGUGCUGCAACAACAGGAUCCAAGCAGCUGAAUUCUGGCUUGCCGAGACAGUCAUUGAUUGGGCUACGGUCAGGCAUCCAGAGAGCUCCAACAGGUCUCAGGCCGCCAUCAGCAAGAUGCUGUCCACCAGUUUCUUCAAGUACUGAUAAACUUCAUGGGUCUACAGCUGCUUACCCUGUGAUGAAGAAUUCACAAGCAAAGAAGCAUCCCUUAACCAGAGAGGAAGCUUUGCCAACAGCAAAGAGGCAGAAAAUUGAGGCUCCCUUAGCAUCUGGUAGUGCUGAAGCCUUAACAUCUUCCUAUGAUGCUGCAAACAGAACCAAAACCCUGAAACACCCCACAAUCAGUCAGAAAUCUUUGCCAGCUAAAACCAUAAGAGAUAGUGCUGCAGUACCGGCCAGUACUGCUGAAACUGCACUAUCUUGUGAUGCUACCAGCAGAGCCAGAGCUGUGAAACCACCUGCAAUCAGCCAUAGAGCUUCACUAGUUAAGCCCCAAGGCCAUGGGUGUGCCAAAUGUGUCGUGCUUGAAGAGCAACUCAAAAUGAAAGCAGAAGAAAUAAGGAGACUGAAAGAAGAGCUGCUAAAGUACAGCAGACAAGAGGAAGAAUACUGAAUGAUCCAAUAAAAUCCCACUAUGACUAUGUAAAAGCAUAUUUGUUUUUAUUAAAUGUUUUGUUGUAAGUUAUUUCAUUAAAAAAAUUGAGUUUAAUGAUAUUUAGGGCUUACUGUAUAUUAUAUGGUGUAUAUCAGCGUAGAGAGUUGGUUGAUCGGUGACCAGUUGUAUUACUGAGAUUGAUUUGAUAUCAUAUUCUUGAAGAAAAACUUGUUUGAAGAUUUUUUUUUUUUUCAACCUUUGGAUGGUACACCAAUUAUAAGUUGAGCCAUACAUGUCCUUAAUGCCCUAAAUAAGUUGCUAUAUACUCUGCAAAAGUAUUAAAAAGGAGCUCAAAAAGUACUUUUCCUCAUUGCCUGUAUAAAUAUUAAAGAUAGCAAUGCCUACUGAAAUGAAGCUAUUGCAUGAGUGUGUACUUUUGUUAAUGUUAACACCCUCUAAUAUGGAGUUUAUCAGUGGAGCAGUGUAAUGUCUUUGAGAUUUAAAGAAAAUCCUAAGGUUAUGGUGACCAAGUUGGUUGAU